UUUUUUCUUUUCUUUUCUUCCUACUACUCUUCAUUUCAACACCAGGGGAGAAAAGUGGCGUUCUUCUUCACUCUCUAACCAUGCGAGGUACAUAGCGGGUUCAAUAGCAGUUAUUUAUAUUGUUUUUCUUUUUGAUUCUGUUCGUGAAUCCACGGCGUCAUGCUACAAAUGCGGUUCUGGCGUCACUGUUCGAGAAAGGGAGAUGAUUAUGUCAGUAUGACAGCUUUCUUAAGUUGGUCGCUGUCACUGUUGCUACUGCUACUGCGUCAGAUACAGCAAUCUUACCUGCAAUGUACGUAUUGCUGGCGUAACGUCCUGUUAGGUGCGCCGUGGGAUUCCUGCCCGGCGGUUUCGUUCUGCGCUCUACAACUUAGUUCGAAACCUGUGUUGGAACUGGCCUGUCAGGCCCUUCUAUACGCGCUCGACGUGGCGAGAAGACAGUCGUCUGUGGAGCUUCGAUACGACGAGCGAACGAGGCCUCGUUCGUAGAUUCAUUGCUGAAAAUGUAUCUAUCGAUUGGGUUGCCUUGUGGAACAGACAAACUUGGAGCUUGGAGGGAGACGAAGGCUUUGCGUGGUCAUGAGAGCGGGCUGCAACGCCGUCGGCUGCAAAGACGAGAGCGUUGGGCUGGUAGCGCAACGGUUGGAGUCACACGCUGGCAAAAAGGUUUGGAUGGCGAUUAUCUCAUCCCGUCUAAACACAGCGCAGUUGAGAAAGGUUGGGACGAACAAAUGCCGCACAGCAUGGUAGCUUGGCUAGGUCGUAAAUUUGGUUAUUUUUCUGCUCUCUUCGCUAGACUCUGAUAGCAGAGCCGCAGAUAGUGACACAGCAAAAUGUCGAUGGCUGUGUUAAUGUGGGCGCAAAUGCGUGGUUAGACACGGAGGGACACGACGAGUAGACUAAGGUACAGAGAGGUACCAUUGCACAUGUGUAUAUGGGCCGGCACUAGCUAGCGGGAAAGCCAUAGGAGCGGAAUCGGCUGUUAGGCGGGAAUGUCAGGACGACUCUGUACGUAGAUGCACAGCAGCAGUAGUCGUAGUAGACGCAUAUGGAGCAGGGAGCCUGAAGCAGAACCGACGUCAACCGGUGCAUGUCAAGGCAAAUGAGUUCGCUGACGGAGGUUUCCGGAAUAUCGAGUUUCACGACGGUGGUCUGGCUAGUAAGAACGGCAUGGCGAAUGCAACGGUCCUCGGGAAGAUUA